ACGCGCACGUCCGGUACGUGUGACAACAACCUUUUAAAAAAGUGCUCAAAUAGACGUGAUACUUGUUGCACCGCGUUGUGCUUCGUUCCCACUACAUCCGUGGGGAGGAGAAGGAGGGUCGGUUGUAGGAAACAGGGCGUAUGAGGAAGUUGUAAGAGACGCUGAACAAGGAGAAGAAGAAGAACAACAGUUCGGCCGUGAGAAGGAAGCUCGCUGCGUUCAGAAUGCCUGCGAAGAAAGUGUGCAUCGUCGGAUCUGGAAACUGGGGCUCCUCCAUCGCCAAAAUAAUCGGGCGCAACGUGAAGGCCUCCAACCGCUUCGACCCGAUGGUAAACAUGUGGGUUUAUGAGGAAAUGAUCGACGGGAGGAAGCUCACCGAGAUCAUCAAUACGGAGCACCAGAACGUCAAAUACCUCCCGGGCCACACGCUGCCGGCCAAUGUGGUCGCUAUUCCAGACGUCACGGAGGCCGUGAAAGGAGCAAAGAUCCUCGUCUUCGUCAUCCCGCACCAGUUCAUCGCCAAGCUGUGUGACCAGAUCAAGCCUCACAUCACGGAGGGAACCAUCGGGAUAUCGCUCAUCAAAGGCAUCGACGAGGGGCCCGACGGACUCAAGCUCAUCUCCGACAUCAUUCGAGAGAAGCUGGAGAUCGAGGUCAGCGUCCUCAUGGGGGCCAACAUCGCCAGCGAGGUGGCGGACGAGAAGUUCUGCGAAACGACCAUCGGCGCCAGAAACGAGGCCAACGGCCUCAUCUUCAAAGAGCUGCUUCAAACUCCCAACUUCCGCAUCACCGUGGUGGACGAGAGUGACACGGUGGAGCUGUGCGGCGCCCUGAAGAACAUCGUGGCGGUGGGUGCCGGGUUCUGCGACGGCCUGGGCUUCGGCGACAACACCAAGGCGGCGGUGAUCCGGCUGGGCCUGAUGGAGAUGGUGGCCUUCGCCAAGAUGUUCUGCACCGGCCAGGUGAGCUCCACCACCUUCCUGGAAAGCUGCGGCGUGGCCGACCUCAUCACCACCUGCUACGGCGGACGGAACCGCAAAGUGGCCGAGGCCUUUGUCAGAACGUCCAAGUCCAUAGUUGAGCUGGAGGCAGAGAUGCUCAACGGGCAGAAGCUGCAGGGCCCACAGACCUCCGCCGAAGUCUACAAGCUCCUCCAAAAGAAGGACAUGGUGGACAAGUAUCCGCUGUUUUCUGCAGUCUACCAGAUCUGCUUUGAGGGCAAAGAGGUGAAAGAGUUCAUCACCUGUCUGCAGAACCACCCGGAGCACAUUUGACGGGUCCGUCGUCGCGUUCCACCGCGGGGUCGCGCCACCAGAGGGCGGAAGAGAUGCAUCACAAAGAAACGCACAACACAGCACAGGAGAUGCAAUGAGACGUAACACUUUUUAUCGGGGACAUUUCAUAAAAGGCCCGAUAUUUUUCUGAGCUUUUAAAACUUUGUUUUUGUAUUGAUUUUGCUCUUUUGGUGAAAUACUAUGGCACUUCCCUUAAGGCAACACACUUAUUUUAUUACUAAAAUGAUGUCAAAUUUGUCCUUUUGUUGUUGUUUUCUCAAUAAACUCAAUUCGUAAGAAACUCAAAA